GUUGUGUGUUCCCUUGUGGCACCUCGUUCCAGCUGUCUUGAGGGUUUACUGUACUAACAAGUUCCUGCAUGUUCUGCUGCUUGAGUGGGCAAAGAGUAGUCUGCUGCAUGAGAUGUUGAUGCUGAGUCUACAUUUUAUCCUCUACUGCCCUCUACUGGUUUUGGUGGACUUCAGGCCUCAGUGGAAACCGACAACAGUGGGCCACAGGAACCUUUUAGUUCCUUGAGGAAUAGUUCCUGGAACUAACAGCUCCUGGUACUUGUGAGAAAAACCUCUUUUGAUUUCCAAUGUGGAGCCUAAUGAAGUUUAAAAAUUUUCAAACAUGGAUCAUUUCGGCACACUUGAAGUGCAGCAGUAGGACUGUGAGAGUGUGCAGAGAGAACAUUCUGUUUGUAACUGGGCAUUAGAAUAAAACUCUGAGGGCCACUCAGCAUGUGCAGAGGUUAUGGUGAGGUCUGUGCCAACCGGGGCAAUGUCACCCUAUGCCUCUUUCCUCUGCAAACACACACACAUGAACAGGAAGAGGAAGUCCAGCAUGUGGUUUUAAAUCUGCCUAACUGUGGGUGGGUUAGUUCUUCACAGAGUAGAUGUUUUUCACAGAGAGGUGAAGAACUGUGACAGAGAGGUGUCAAAGUGUGUGCUGAGGGGUGAGCGCUGAGGGGUUUCACCCCCUUUAAUCAUGAACAUGAGACACAUUUGAAGUCAGAGCACCAGCCUGGAGGAUGGAGACGAUCUGAUCUCUAACUUCAGUUUGUUUGAUAAUGACUGUUCUGACUUCUCCUUGCUGCUCUUUUCGUUCUUUAAAGAUAGCCGUCCUCCUCUGCCAACGAGGAGCUGGGCGUGUGACUAAAGAUGAGUCAAAAACAGGUCAGGGGCAGGAUUUCCUUUUUAUUUAUAGGAUGUGUUGAGGAGGGGGAAGAUUUACGGGCAGAGGACGGAUGGGUGUCAUGCCACAUAGGAAGAGCAUAUCCUCCUUCUUUGGCUGUCCAUUUAAGCUGCAAGAUCCCCAGUCUCUGCCUCUCCUUGGCAUCGCCACCACUGCCAUGCACCAGUGCUGAAUUUACAUUUCCAGCCCCACCACCUCCUCAGCAUCCACCUGCAGGUUGUGAUUAUUGAUGAGCCUAGACACCAAACACAAACAUCCUCCUGCUGCUACAACGAACAGCUCAGAGCAUUGAAAUAAACGACACUCCUGUGAUCUGCCCUUUUGACCUGGAGCACACCCAGCAGCCAUGACACCAUCUAGAUCUCAAGCCUUCCUCGUCCUCCUCCUCCUCUCCCUCCUCAGCUCAUCUCUGCUUUAUUUCAGUGUCUUGGAGCAGACUCCCUCUCUGCUCGGAUAUCACCAACAUGUUCCUCAGAGGAACAUCAGCAUCCUGCUGUGGCACUGGCCGUUCGGACGCUCCUUCAGGCUCCGUGGAGACAAAUGUCAGACAAAGUACAACAUCAGUGGCUGUUUGCUCUCUGAUAACACCUCCACCUUCUCGACCGCUGACGUGGUCGUCUUCCAUCACCACGAGCUGAGCAAUGGUCGCUCCCUUCUGCCUCUGCACCAUGAUCGACCUGCCUCCCAGCGCUGGGUGUGGCUGUCCCUGGAGCCUCCUGUCAACACUUUGAACCUCUCACAGCUUAAAGGCCUCUUCAACUGGACCAUGAGCUACAGGCGAGAUGCAGACAUACCUGUCCCUUAUGGACAGACCCUGUUAGGAGGCGAUGGACAUGUCCUGAAAGCUGCUCCAAACCGCUCCUGCCUGCUGAGCUGGGUGGUGAGCAGAUACUGGCCUCAGCAGGCUCGGGCUGCUGUUUACCAGAGUCUAAAAAAGUCUGUCCCCAUACAGGUAUACGGCAGGUGGAACAGGAGACCCCUGUCAGACCGGAAGCUGCUGCCCACCAUCUCUAAGUGUUUUUUUUACCUUUCUUUUGAGAACUCUGAAGCCACAGACUACAUCAGCGAGAAGCUCUGGAGGAACGCUUUCCAAGCAGGAGUCGUACCGGUGGUCCUCGGCCCCAGCAGGGCCACCUACGAGGCCCUGGCCCCCCCUAGGUCCUUCAUCCAUGUGUCGGAUUUCAGGAGCACAGCAGAGCUGGCUGCCUAUCUGAAGCGUGUGGCUGCAGACAGGCGGGCGUAUGAGGAGUACUUUCAGUGGCACCGCACCCACAGAAUAAAAACCUACACUGACUGGAUAGAAAGGCUGUGCCAGAUCUGUGUUCAAUACCCCAGUUUACCCCCCAACAGGGUCUAUGAGGACCUGGAGGACUGGUUUCACAGCUGAAGGCCAUCUACAACAAAAAAUAAGCUGACAGAUGAGUUAACAACAGCUGAAAGAGAGCUAUAAACAAGAUAUUUACUGAAAACAAAAGGUCCAGAUAGACAAGAACCAACAUUCAGGGUGACCUUCUUGAGACGGCACAUCGAUUCUUCUGAUGGUAUUUUAUAGAAACCAAAAAAUUAGUUCAACUAUGGGUUGCUCUUAUUUAAAUCCUCAGAGUUGUAGCAGUGCAUGUUUUUUUUCCUCCAUAAAUCAUAUUUCUGAUGUCAGAGCACAAGUUCCUGCAGGCUCAUGUCAUAUCAAACUGCAGAUCCUCACUGGUCCUGCUUGCUCACUUAGAAAACAGCAACAGAUCAGCUCCUCACUACCUGGACUCCCCCCUCCAGGUCGACACUCCCUCCUGCCUGCGACACUCUGCCAGUGAGCGGCGCCUGGUACUUAGCCGGGCCAUAAGUUGGCAGCAGACUCUUCUCCUCUGGCGCCCCCCAGUGGUGGAAUGAUACACCCAACUUCAGCUGAUCUGCUGAGUCCCUUUGCUCCUUUAAAGCUAAAGACCCAGCUCUUUGUGAACACCUAGGAGCUUAAUAUUAUGGAUGAUAGUGAUGAUGAUGAUGAUGAUGAUGAUGAUGAUGAUGAUGAUGAUGAUGAUGAUGAUACAGGUCACAUUGAUGUUGUUGUUGUUUAUG